AUGGAAGGAAGCUGGUUCCACAGGAAAAUAUUUUCCUUCUACCUCCUUCUCAGCCUUCUGCUUCAAGGAAGGGGCGUUACUUUCACCAUCAAGUGCUCAGGGUUUGGCCAGCACGGGGCAGAUCCCACUGCUCUGAAUUCAGUGUUUAAUAGAAAGGCCUUCCGACCGGUCACCAUCAGCGUCCCCACCCGAGUCAACAUCUCCUUCACGACGUCUGCGAUCCCAGAUGUGGAUGAACAGCUGCACCUCUUGUCAUCCUUCCUGUGGCUGGAAAUGGUUUGGGAUAACAUUUAUCCAGACUGGAACCCAGAGGAGUAUGAGGGCAUCACGAAGAAGUAUGGCCCAAGACCUUGGCUCCCAGACAUAUUGUCCAUCAUUGAACUGUGCAUUGUGUUCUACGUGGCCAUCAGGUGCAGGCCCAGCCUCUAUGUCAUAAACCUUCUCAUGCCCAGUGGCUUUCUGGCUGCCAUCGAUGCCCUCAGCUUCUUGCCAGUGAAAAGUGGGAAACGUGUCCCAUUCAAGAUAAUGCUCCUGCCGGGGUACAACAUCUUCCUGCUCAUGAUGAAUGACUUGCUCCCCACCAGUGGCACCCCCCUCAUCGGGGUCUACUUCGCCCUGUGCCUCUCCCUGAUAGUGGGCAGCCUGCUGGAGACCAUCUUCAUCACCCACCUGCUGCACGUGGCCACCACCCAUCCCCCACCCCUGCCUCGGUGGCACCACUCCCUGCUGCUCCACUGCACCAGCCCAGGGAGAUGCUGUCCCACUGCACCCCAGAAGGGAAAUAAGGGCCUGGGUCUCACCCCCACCCACCUGCCUGGUGUGAAGGAGCCAUAGGUAUCAGCAGGGCAGAUGCCAGGCCCUGGGAAGGCAGAGCUGACAGGGGGCUCAGAAUGGACAAGGGCCCAGUGGGAACAUGAGGCCCAGAAGCAGCACUCGGUGGAGCUGUGGGUGCAGUUCAGUCACGUGAUGGACGCCCUGCUCUUCCGCCUCUACCUGCCCUUCAUGGCCUCCUCCAUCCUCGCUGUCACAUGCCUCUGGAACACCUAG